UGUGGUUACUGUCAAACGAAAUUAAACAUUUUACAAUUAACAUUUAUCCGCCAUUGUGCUAACAGGACGUGACCUGACGCUCCAUAACAUUAAAUCGCGAGCAAUAAUUCAAUCAGAAGGGGAUUAAGCGGUCUCUCUCGAUGUUUACUAAACACCUACCCACUGCGCUGCAUGACAACCCAUCUAGGUGUCCCUUCAUAUAUUAAUUAUGAUUUAAGCCGCUCUACGCAAAUUCUAACACGAAAAAAAAGAAAUUUCAAAACAAUAGCCGAUAGUCACUUAGUACUAAUCGACAUGAGCAGUUGUGUCGUGGCAAUUACAAACAUGUACUAUUUGGCUGGUUUUAUGAUAACUGCAAUCUGUUUUCGCUACGGGAUUUGCAGAGAUGAAGAUAAAAUUAUGAAAGCUUGCUACUGGCCCAACGAGGCAUAUGAGCCUUGCUUCGGUGGUUGCGCGGAGGUAUCAUGCGACAACCCGCGCAACCACCUGCGGCCCUGCUAUCCUUACUGUGAGCCGGGCUGCAUCUGCGAGGAGCCCUACGUGCGCGACGACCGCACGCACCAGUGCGUCCUGCCUCAAGACUGUUCACCAACUCAGAUGGGGAUACCAGUGCCAGCAAAACGUGCUCAAGAUAAACCGCAGCCUCCACAGAAGUACCCGGCGCGACUGUCCCGCAGUCACACCAAGCGAUCUGACGACAACAUGGACUUCGCCGACAACAUGGAUGGACCAAACACCAUCAACGCGAAUGGUCCCUUGACCGUCAAUACCAAGGUCGAUGAUAACUUCAAGCAGCGGAGUGCCGGGAAUGAGGUCUCGCGCAUGGGUAACUACUUCAACAUCGUUAUCGCGCCGCCCCCCAUCAAGGCCCUCCAGCCGAGAAAACUCCUGCAAGGAGACUCCUUCAGGAACAGCGCUAAGCGUAUCUAAAUGUAAUAGACCAAUUAUAAUUUUCAAUAAAGAUUUUGACGUUUC